AAUAAUAAUAAUAGUACAAGAGAGGAGAAGAAAAGCAUAUAUAUUCGAGUUGAAUUAUUGCUUUUGUGAGAAGAGCAAUGGCGGUUGAUAUUAGUAAGGCGAACGAAGCAGCGAUGAUUCUAACGUCAGGGCCAAGCGGGAUAAUCAGUGCCCUGUUUUCCAUACGGGUAUUGAAGAGUUUAUGGCUGCUGCUCAGUGCAUUCGUGCUAUUGUUGCUAUUGCCAUUUCGUGGGCGGAAGCGGAUGGUGUCGCAAGCAACAACAUCUGGAUCAAAGGAGGAGAAGUUUGAUAAGAUGAUCGAACGGAAGGGGCCAAUGGUGCGAGUGCCGGCAAAGAUGGUGCCGAGAAAGAACGUGGUGGAUAAUGAGGUGGCGGCGAGGAGAGCGCUGGCCAUAAAAAGGGUGCUUGAGGAUGUUGAUGAUAAGAAUACGGUGAGGGAAUUUUCGCUUUUUGUCACGUCAAGAGGAGAUACCAUGUUUACGCAGUCAUGGACACCCGUUUCCCUCAAAGUCAGGGGAUUGGUUUUCCUAUUGCAUGGUCUGAAUGAACACAGUAGCAGGUAUGAUGACUUUGCCAAGAAGCUGAAUGCUAACGGGUAUAAAGUUUAUGGAAUUGAUUGGAUUGGACAUGGAGGAAGUGAUGGAUUGCAUGCAUUUGUUCCUUCUUUGGACUAUGCUGUAAAUGACAUGAAAAACUUUCUCUCAAAGGUUUUAGAUGAAAAUCCAGGACUUCCGUGCUUUGGCUUUGGACAUUCAACUGGUGCAGCAAUUUUCCUUAAGGCAGCACUUGACGUGAAGGUGAGAGCUAAUAUAGCUGGUGUUGUAUUGACUUCACCUGCUAUAGGAAUUCAACCAGCUCAUCCGAUUAUCACAGUUCUGGCUCCAGUGGUCUCUUUCCUGAUGCCAAGAUUCCAAUUGAGCGCGGCAAAUCAAACAGGUAUAACAGUAUCUAGGGAUCCAGCAGCAUUAUUAGCCAAGUAUUCAGAUCCACUAGUAUUCACUGGAUCCAUUAGAGCAAGAACUGGUUACGAGAUCCUUCAGAUCACUGCCUACUUGCAACAGAAUAUGAGCAAGUUGACAGUACCAUUCCUAGUUCUUCAUGGCACUGAUGAUGCAGUAACUGAUCCAGAAGGCUCUAAGAAACUCUAUCGAGAGGCUUCUUCAACUGACAAAAGUAUCAAGCUAUGUGAAGGAUUGUUGCAUGACUUGUUAUUCGAACCUGAAAAAGAAGAAGUUAUGAAGGAUAUAAUUGAAUGGUUGAACCAAAGAUUGUGAAGAUGUUGAAGACUCAAAGGAAUAGCUUGAUCAAAGGAGGUAGAGCGACAACUUGAGUCCAAGGAGAUUGGCAAUGCCAAGUUUGGGAUUUCCUUCAAUGAGGCUAUAUAUUAAGUGAGGGAAUUAAGAGAAUUGAACUUGCUAAAUAAGUUUGACCACAUUGAACGUGGAAAAGCUUACACUGUUAAUUAAUGUAAUGUCAUCUAAUCAGUGGCGACAUUGCUCAAGAUGUUGCUUAUAGUAGUUUAAAAUUUUGACCACCACUCAAAUUGCACAAACAAAUGGGACUUUUGUAAGAAUGGUUAUAACAUCAUCCAUUAAAUGGUGUUUUGGGUAAUACCUUAGUAAGUUUUGGUUGAAUAACCAAAGUAACUACCUAGGCAACUUGUAACAUUGUAUAUUUCUUUUUUGCUAAAUAAUAAAAAAAUUCAUGGAAAGAUUAUCUCUUGGUAA